CUUUAACACCAAUGACAUUGUGACAUGGUAAAAACAUCAUCUAUAUAAAGCGUUCGGUUUUUCUCAUUUUCAGUUUAGUUUUACCACCAAAAUGGGUCUACUAUUGCAAUUAUUUGUUGUAACAACUCUCAUCGCUGUCCUCCACAGCGCCCCCCUUGACGAGCAUUCUGAAAGCACCACUGUGGGAAUCCGCCCUUUACCAGCCACUUUGAACAAAAAAGACGAGUCCAAGGAAUCCGAUGAAGACAAAGCCGAUAUUAAACGAGUCUCCCGUGACAUCCCUUUACCACCCCCUACCCAAACCAAAGACACCCUUAAUUCGCAGUCCAGCACCAGCAAACCCCAAUUUGGAAGUCGACCAGCGAGAGACACCCAACACUUCAUCUCGGGAGUACCCUCACCCCAGUCUCAACCCAAUUCUAACCCUCAAACUUACCAACAAAACCCCCAACAGCCUCAAUUAGGGGCACAAAACCCUUCAACUCAAAGCAGGCCAGCGAGAGACACCACUCACUUUAUCUCCGGAGUGCCCACACCUCAAUCUCAACAAAACUCGAACCCUCAAACCUACCAACAAAAUCCCCCUCAACGCCAACUAGGAACCUCGCAAUACCCAUCACAAACUGAGAGUAGACGUGUGAGGGAUACCACCCAUCCAGGAAGUCAGGCUAAAGUCCAGACGCGACCAGCACCACUUCCUGCUAAAAAUGGGCAGAAACCGACGUCUUCAGCCCAAAAGGAUGGGUCCAGACGAGUGAGAGAGGCUGGUAGUUCUUCGACAAGCACCGAAAGGAGUGAUAAUUAAGGAUGUAGGUGUAAAAAGGCAAUGGGUGAUGUUUGUUUAAGAAAUAAUCAACAUUGUAUUGUUAGGAUUCUGGUGCUAAUUAUUGUUAAUGAUUGAAAUGUAUUUUAAAACUACGUAAAAAUAUGCUGUAAAUAUGCGUACUAUGGAAAUAAAAUAAAUCAUUUGAGAAAAUUUUAA